GACUCUUGUCAGGGGCUGUUACUCUGUUGUCUGUUCAGUUCAGAUGAUCCGUUGUCCCACGUAAGAGUAUUUUGUGACUGCUCGGGAAACUUUCUAGAGCUUCUGGUGGGGUAGUGGAAUAUGCCAGAAAUGGCAAAACUUCUCAGUGUUGUUUAAACUGUAGUGUAGGAACUUAAGGCUCUCUAAAAACUUCUGUUUCUGCAGAUGUUAUGAAUUUUCUUUCUUCCAAGAUUUGCAAGGUCAUAUUAAGAUUGUUCAGAGAAUAAGUGUUGUGCCAAAACCUGUUUACCAGGAACACGUAAAAAAAAAAAAAAUCUCUUUACUGUCUUGAUCCAAUUUAUUUUUUUCUGCUAUUUCUGGCUUGUAAUAGAUAUAUAUAGAUAUACUAUCUCUGUAAAAUAUAUUACAAUUAUAUCUUUUUAAAACAUCAAGAAUCCUUCACCUCUUUUACUUGAGAAAUGUAACUGCUGUAUUAGAAUAUCAUGGUACAACCUUCUAAUAUCUGGUGGUGAACUUUGAUUAAGGCUUUAGGUCCUACUGGUUGCUAAAGAGAAAAUAUCUUCAGACAUAUUUGUUAGACUGAUUUUGUUUACAGUAAGAAUCUUCACUUCUCACUUUGUGGUUGAGAUGUAAAAUCCGAGCAUGAAGUAACCAUUUGCUAAGCCCACAGACAUUGACGUAAUUUUCCCUGUUCCCAUCUUCUCCCCAGGCAGCCGACACAAUAUUCUCCCUUGCAGAGCUACUUAAAUUUUGCAGAAGAGAGGUUUAGAAGUUGCUGUGUUUCACAGAAACUCAGUUUCCCUUUUGAGAAGGCAGAGAGGAAGAAAGAAAACAAAAUGGCAGGCCAGAAACUCUGUAGUAAAAAGCAGAAUAUUUAGUGGCCGCAUAUGAUGCAAAUCUGAAAUUUUAUAGUAUCUUGACACUCGAUGAGUGUGUUCUUUUUGUACAAUUGCAGGAGUCUUUAGUUGAUAUCCUCUAUAUCUCAGUUACUUUUAAGUAAUGCAGCAUGGUAAAAUGAGAUGGGCUAUGUAACAACUGAAUGGAGUUUGGUAAAUUAUUAUGCUGGAGUAAAUACAUUGUCGUCAUCCAAAGUAUUUUUUUAAUCAUAUCUGGUUCUCAUUUUACCAUUGAAGUAAGAACACUGGCAUUCACUUAAAUUAUAAAAUGUGUAUGGCUCUCUAGUUGAACAAUGCGUAUUAUUUUACACUAGUAAAUACUAGUGGGCAGCAUUCUGGUCACAUAUCCAGCUUUGGCCUUUCAGCGCUUUCUUCUUACAGCUCUCUUUGUAGGAAUUGCAGAAUUUUACUCCUUCAUGUAUGCCAUUCUAAUGUUGUUCUUACAAAGAUGUCAGUUAUUGAGGCCUGGCUUGUUUUAGCCAUUUGUCUGCUGUCAUUUGGUGAGAGAUGCAGCUCAUGAAAGAAAACAGAACGCAAACUUUAUUCCCAGGCCAUUGUUGCUGGACCUGUGUAUCCUAUAAUUGAUAAUUCUGUGCCCUUAAAAUAAGCCAUUUCAUAUUACUCAAAAUAAUUUAUGCUUUAAAAACAGGGUCAAAUGGCUAGGAUAGAUGUCAAGUGAACUUACAUACAGAGGCUAAAGAAAAAAUAUUUUUCUUUAAUCCUAAUCCCCCCUAAUCUAUGGGGCUGUACACACAAACUCAAAUUCAUAGCCCUGCAUUCCUUUGAGACAAGACAGCUUUACUUGCUUCUAGUUUUUGGUUUCAGGUCCUGGAGUUAUUUUUGCUUAUGAAACCACAGAUUAGCUUGUGUUGGGUUUUGUGGUUAGGUGUCCAACUACAAAUACAUGAAGACUAUUUCAUUGCUGAAGCUGCCUCUAAAAAAAGAAACUCAGGAUCAUCUCGUAAAGAGAUCACAAAGCAUUGGGAAUGGCUGGAGAAUAACUUACUGCAGACUCUAUCCAUCUUUGAUAAUGAAGAAGAUAUCACCACCUUUGUCAAGGGCAAGAUACAUGGAAUUAUUGCUGAAGAGAACAAGAAUGAGCAGCCCCAGAGUGAAGAGGAUCCAGGUAAAUUCAAAGAGGCUGAACUGAAGAUGCGGAAGCAGUUUGGGAUGCCCGAGGUGGAGAAGUUGGUCAAUUACUAUUCCUGCAGCUAUUGGAAGGGGCGUGUACCCAGGCAGGGCUGGCUGUACCUCACCGUCAAUCACCUCUGUUUCUACUCCUUCCUGCUGGGCAAAGAGGUUACGCUGGUGAUCCAGUGGGUGGACAUAACCCAGCUGGAAAAAAAUGCUACACUGCUGUUCCCUGAGUGCAUUAAAGUAAGCACAAGGGACAAUGAACUUUAUUUUUCCAUGUUUCUCAACAUCAACGAGACAUUCAAGCUGAUGGAGCAGUUGGCUAACAUUGCUAUGCGACAGCUGUUGGAUAAUGAGAGCUUCCUACAGGACAAGUCCCUCCCAAAGCCCAGGAAGCCUCUUAAGAACAUCUCUGCAUUAAAAAGAGACCUGGAUGCUCGAGCCAAAAACGAAUGCUACCGUGCCACCUUCCGGUUGCCCAAGGAUGAAUGCCUGGAUGGACAUACAGACUGUACCUUGUGGACACCAUUCAACAAGAUGCAUAUUCCUGGCCAGAUGUUUGUUUCCAACAAUUAUAUCUGUUUUGCCAGCAAGGCAGAGGAGGCCUGUCAUCUCAUCAUUCCUCUCAGGGAGGUGACAAUAGUUGAGAAAGCAGAUAGUUCCAGUGUCUUGCCCAGCCCUCUGUCCAUCAGCACUAAAAGUAAAAUGACCUUCUUCUUUGCCAAUCUGAAAGACCGAGAUUUCUUGGUACAGAGAAUCUCUGACUUCUUGCAGAGAACGCCAUCCAAGAAACCAUGCGGCAGCGACAGGGAAUGGAAGUGGAAUUUGGCCGAUCCUGGUUGCGAGGAGGUUCCAGAGUUGCCUUCCAGCAGCCCUCUUGCGGUUAGCCCCACAUCUUCUCUGAGCAAUCGACCUGUCAACUUCUCUGCCGGGGAAGUGCCAACAGCCUCACAGGGACUACUCAAACUCUUCAGAAGAAAUUCCGAGGAGCUCUUGGGACCCAAAGGAGCAAAGGAGAAGAUGAAGGAAGAGUCUUGGAACAUUCAUUUCUUUGAAUAUGGGCGAGGAAUGUGUAUGUAUCGGACUGCCAAGACUAGGGAGCUGGUGCAAAAAGGAAUCCCAGAGAAUCUUCGUGGAGAGCUGUGGCUCCUUUUCUCAGGGGCUUGGAAUGAGAUGGUGACUCAUCCUGGUUACUAUGCAGAUCUUGUGGAGCAGUCAAUGGGAAAAUACAAUCUUGCUACAGAGGAAAUUGAGAGAGAUCUGCACCGUUCUAUGCCAGAACAUCCUGCCUUCCAGAAUGAACUGGGAAUUGCUGCCCUCCGGAGAGUCUUAACAGCUUAUGCAUUCAGAAAUCCAACAAUUGGGUACUGUCAGGCCAUGAACAUUGUUACAUCAGUACUGUUGCUAUACUGCAAUGAGGAAGAGGCUUUCUGGCUCCUAGUGGCUUUAUGUGAGCGGAUGUUGCCAGAUUACUACAACACAAGAGUGGUGGGUGCAUUGGUGGACCAAGGCAUCUUUGAAGAACUUACACGAGAGUAUCUUCCACAGCUGUCAGAAAAGAUGCAGGACCUGGGAGUGAUUUCCACCAUAUCCCUUUCCUGGUUUCUCACUCUUUUUCUCAGUGUCAUGCCCUUUGAGAGUGCCGUGGUCAUUGUUGACUGUUUUUUCUAUGAGGGAAUCAAGUUUAUCUUGCAGAUGUCAUUGGCCAUACUCGAUGCCAACGUGGAGAAGUUGUUACAGUGCUGUGAUGAAGGUGAAGCCAUGACUAUUCUGGGCAGAUAUUUGGACAAUGUAGUUAACAGACAGAGUGUCUCUCCCCCUAUUCCCCACUUGCAUGCCUUACUGACAAGUGGAGAUGACCCGCCACUUGAAAUCGACAUCUUUGAACUCAUCAGAACAUCCUACGAGAAAUUUAGCAAUCUGAAGGCAGAUGACAUUGAACAAAUGCGUUUUAAACAAAGGCUGAAAGUGAUCCAGUCUCUGGAGGAUACAGCCAAGAAGAGUGUGGUCCGAGCUGUGUCUAGUGACAUUGGUUUCUCUAUUGAAGAACUAGAAGAGCUGUAUGUAGUGUUCAAGGCAAAGUAUCUGAUGAGCUGUUACUGGGGAAAUAAUCGUGCUGCAGCUGCCCGCCGAGAUCAGAGUUUACCUUACCUGGAGCAGUAUCGCAUAGACAUGGAGCAGUUCAAAGAGCUGUUCAUCAGUUUGACCCCCUGGUCCUGUGGCGCACAUACACCUGUGCUAGCAGGGCGUUUGUUCCGGCUUCUGGAUGAGAACAGGGAUUCUCUCAUUAACUUCAAGGAGUUUGUGACAGGAAUGAGUGGGAUGUACCAUGGUGACCUCACGGAAAAACUCAAAGUACUUUACAAACUGCAUCUGCCUCCCGCUCUGAAUCCAGAGGAGACAGAGUCUGCUUUGGAGGCUACGAGUUACUUCACAGAGGAUGUUACAACAGAAGUAUCUCCUUUUGUCUCAGAGCUGGAUUUCUGCCUGCACUGUGAGUCUCAAGAAACCCCAGAAGAUAAAGGAGGGACAAAUGAGAACGGUCCAGAAAAAGAGGAGAAAGGUACCAGUCCACAGGACUAUAGAUACUACCUAAGAAUGUGGGCCAAGGAGAAAGAGUCCAAGAAAGAAACCAUUAAAGAUCUCCCCAAAAUGAGCCAGGAACAAUUCAUAGAGUUAUGCAAGACUCUUUACAACAUGUUCAGUGAGGACCCGGUGGAGCAAGAGCUGUACCAUGCAAUUGCUACUGUAGCCAGUCUCCUCCUGCGAAUUGGAGAGGUUGGAAAAAAAUUCUCCACUCGGCCCAUGAGGAAGUCUGAGGACUGCAAAGCAAACAAUACUCAAGAUCCCGUGAGUGAAGAGGAGUCACCAACAUCUGAACACAGUCAGAAUUCAGCAGUGGAGCAGCAACCCCAAACUGACCAUGAGGACAAAACCUGCGGAGAUGCUCAGCCUGAAAAAACACAGCAGGAGAACCAAACUCUAGGAGACGGGUCAGGGGAAGGACAAGGCUCUCCUUUACAGCUGCUAUCAGAUGAUGAAACCAAAGAUGAUAUGUCCAUGUCUUCCUACUCCAUGGUCAGCACAGGCUCCCUGCAGUGUGAAGACAUUGCAGAUGACACAGUCCUGGUUGGUUGUGAAGGCAGUAGUUCAGCUGCCAGGUAUGGUAGUACCAUCGAUACGGACUGGUCUAUCUCCUUUGAGCAGAUCUUGGCUUCCAUGCUGACGGAGACAGCCCUUGUAAACUACUUUGAAAAAAAGGUCAACAUUCUGCAAAAGAUCAAAGAUCAGAAGAAGGUAGAGAGGCAGUUCAGUUCAUCCAGCGACUAUGAACUUUCCUCUGUGUCAGGGUGAACUCCAGAAAGCAGGAAUUGUCUUUGGGAGAUGAAACAGGGAGAUAAUGUGGCAGAUGGCAGGAUGGUUUGGUAUUUUAUGUUUGGGGUUGUUUUGUUUUGUUUAAUCAGAGACCAGUAACUACACAAUUACAAUAGAUUCCAAUCGAUAAGGGACUUCCGACAGUGACUGUUUUGUGUAGGUGCUUCUUUGGCUACUCUGGCUGACAGAAUUAGAUUUACAUUUUCAAGAGCCAUUAGAACCUAAUAGCCCCUGACAUACAGAAUUACCACCAUAAAUUAUGCAUGUCUGCCUUUUGCUAUCUUUUACUUUAAUGAAGUUUUAUUUCAGACAGUAACUGCUCCUUGCCUGCCCUUGUUUGCUGUAGGUUCCUGGGUAACUCGUACAGCAGAUGCAGCCUGGCUUGAAACUGUGUUCACCUCUGGCUGCCACUCUGAGAGCUAACGCAGUGUAGUCCAGUGCUAUAGGACCCUGACCUAUAAAUAGUCUUGUAAGUUCUUCAGUGCUGUUCUGUGACUCAGCAGCUAUAAUGCAAAUGCGCCCCACUGCUCCCAGCACCCCAAGGUCUAAACACAGACAUUUCGCAGAUAUGUAGGUUUCUUUCAGAUGUGAUUUGGCAUUUUCAUAGUGUAUGAUCACUUUCUCCUUCAGCAUUUAGGAGUUUUCAGACAAACCCAGUUUUCUAGCAUUUGCUUUUCUAAUUCUUUGAAAGCCAUUGGUUUUAGUUUGUCUGGAAAGCCACAAGCUCCUUGACUUCAGUGCAGAAGUAACAUCAAGUCAAUCAACGGCCUCAUGGUGGUAAUGAUGAGGGAAUAUGUUCCUAAAUUAUAAAUUGGUGAAUCAGCCGUAGUGUUACAGAGCAGCAGCAUGCUGGUCUGCUGGACUUUCCCUGUUGGUAUAGAAAACAUUCGUUGUUUCUUGCUGAUUCUCCGUUUUCACUAGCUAGUGAUGGGUCCAAUUUUAGGACCCCCCUAAGAAUACUUUGAUCAGUCAGCCCUCACAAAUGUUGGGGCAGGAAGAUGUGCAGCAGUGUUGUGCCACCUGCAAGCUGCUCAGUGUGUCCUUUCCGAACAUCUCUUCUACAAAAAGUCUAGCAAUGGACAUGCUCUUAGAAACUACUACACAUCAAAGGGCACUUAUACCUAAAGAGGACGAAUUCAAAGCAGUGUGGCCCUCUGCCAUCAGCACAUUAUGGGAAACCUCAAUAGACUAGAUCUCUUUCCAGUUAGAGACAAAAUAACUGGGAGACUAAGUGACUGCUCUUUUAAAUCAAUUAAAACCAGAAGAAACAAAGAGUUAGCCUUCUGGUCGUAGGGCGUGUGCUCCAAGGAAGGAGAAUUAAUGCUGUUCCUACAGAUAAAUUCAUCUCAGUACGCAGGCAUCUGCCUUGCAGGGCCAGAGCGAGAGAUGCUGCUGCUCGGCGAGAGCAGACCCUGCACUGAAGGCAAGGUUUGCUGCAGCUUUUGGCUGGCGUUCGGAUGUAAAGGACGGGAAGGACACAAACGGCUGGAUGUUCCCAUGUAACACUACUUGGUGUGCUACUCAGUGUUAAUUCCUCUGUGUGACAUUCUCUGUAUGUAUUCACAGCUGGUACAUAUUUCUUAUUUCUCUGCCUCCUCUGUCCUGUAUCACUGGAGAGCAGCCAUUAGUAAAACUGCUUUUACUAAUUAUUCAGUAAUUUAUUGUAAUUUUUUAAAAGUACAAAUAAUACAUGUGAUUUUACACUGUCUGUCUUAUCUGUCAUGUACUCAAUAAAUGAACCAGAAUCCUACAGGCUA